CGACCAUCCCUUUCUCGCCUUUCCAUUAAUUAUUUCUUUUUUUUUUUCGAUUUUCUCCUAGGUGUGUGCUGAUCAUUGCCGUCAAUUUCAUCGGAAUUAAGUCUGCAUGAUUGUUUCUUAUUGCUUGGGUGUUGUGUUCUGCGAGAUACUAUUGGAUUUAUCGUCGUAACUGUUUGAUAAAACCGGGGCUCUUUACAGUCUGUGUUGCGUGCGCGCGAAUUGGGUAGAGAACACAAAUUGGUGUUUAUGGUUCAUUCUCUAUUGAAAUUACCUAGGUUGAUGUUAAAGGAAGUUUGAGGUGAGUUUUAUUUUGAUGAUGGAACAAAGUUAUGAUCCAGUUUUCAAGGAAGAUUCAUCCGCUGCUGGUGGGAUGAUCAUCAUGCACCCUCUUUACCUUCCCAAGUUACCACCUUGGUUCGAUCUGAAGGUCUUUUACAUAAGAAUCUGCAACUGUGAAGUUGAUGAAUCUACUCCGGACCAUCUUACUGUGAAUCACAUUCCAUUACACCCUGAUACUGUUCUUGAGGUGAAUGGUCGAAGAAGUAGCAUCUAUUCGGAUUGUGUCUCUUCUUUUCUUAGGAGGGACAGAUUUGAUAAAAAAUCUGAAGAAGCCACUUUUGUGAGUACAGAUAAUAUUAGAAUUACUGGCAGUUUCAGGUUUGAGGUGUUUGAUGAAGAUGAACUCUUACUUACUGGAGUCUUGGAGUUGUGCAAGGAGAAGGAUGAUGAAGGGGAUUCAAAAUGGGAUCAAAAGAAAUGGAGUAUAAAGUGCCAGUCCUUGGUGUCAGCUGGUGUUAGCUUCUUGAAGGGAAAACAAUAUAGAAGUCCUGAAAUGCCUUUGCCAACAAUGGAAGUUUAUAUUGCUGGUUUUUUCUCUGGUACUCCUAUCAUCCUCACUAAAACUCUUAAAGUUGGUUUGCAGAGGAGAAACCAAAAGUCAGUUCUGGACUCCAUUCCUGAACAUGAUACAGUUGAGCUGAAGAAUGAUGUUUUACAGCUACCGGAGUAUGGAGACUACAAGAUGGACAGCGAUACCAAUAUCGAUUAUACCAGUUUAUAUCCCAGUACAGAAUACGCUGAAGAGGAGGAUGGAGAGCUAUCAUGGUUCAAUGCUGGUGUUAGAGUUGGCGUUGGAAUUAGCCUUGGCAUUUGCCUUGGUGUUGGAAUUGGCGUUGGUUUAUUAGUUCGCUCAUACCAAGCCACCAGUAAGAAUUUCAGGAGGCUACUUUGAUCAAUGGUCAUCCUGGCACAUGCUAUUGUUUCAUCUGUUCUUAAAUUUUCUCACGAAGUAAACUGUCAGAUGGAUUCGACGGAGCAGCUUGGUCUUAUCUGAAGAUGAGGAAAUCACUUGGAUGUAGAUUUCUCUUGUAUAAAGUCAUGUUUUUUUAUUGUGGAAAGUGAGAUCUGCUUAUUUGGUACCAUCACUAUGUUAUUUUUUGUAUGGUUAUGAACAAGUGUGUAUUGCAUAGUUUUGUUUUGCCACUUAGGCUGUUUUUUAGUGCUGUAGAAGUGAUAAAAAAGAGAAUUUUCUUUGGAUGAGAAUGCGAUUAAAAUUCAGUCA